UUUUCCUUUCCUUUCAUAUUUGAACCUCUGGUCAACAGUGCAACAUCAGGUGGCAUUCUUGAUAGAGCUAUUGAAGCAGAAGAUAGGAAACAUGGAGACUUUUUGAGACUGGAACAUGUUGAGGGGUACCUGGAACUAUCUGCCAAGACAAAGGCCUAUUUUACUACUGCAGUUGCUCUUUGGGAUGCAGAUUUCUAUGUCAAAGUUGAUGAUGAUGUACACGUGAAUAUAGCAACAUUAGGAGCAACACUAGCUCGGCAUCGCUCAAAACCAAGGGUGUAUGUUGGAUGCAUGAAAUCUGGUCCUGUACUUGCUCAAAAGGGUGUAAGAUAUCAUGAACCGGAGUCCUGGAAAUUCGGUGUGCCAGGAAAUAAAUAUUUUCGUCACGCUACAGGACAAUUAUAUGCCAUUUCAAAAAAUUUGGCUACUUAUAUAUCAAUAAACCAGCACCUUCUGCACAAGUACGCAAAUGAGGAUGUUUCGCUGGGGUCUUGGUUCAUUGGAUUAGAUGUGGAGCACAUAGAUGACAGGAGAUUAUGUUGUGGAACACCCCCUGAUUGUGAGUGGAAGGCUCAGGCAGGCAACAUCUGUGUUGCUUCCUUCGAUUGGAGCUGCAGUGGCAUCUGCAAUUCUGCCGAUAGGAUCAAGGAGGUUCACAGACGAUGUGGGGAAGGUGAGAAAACUCUGUGGAAUGCAAAUUUCUGAUUUGCAUUGACUUCUCCAAUCUCUGGAAUUUACAGACUUUCUGGGAAAGCCGAGAACACUUGGUGGUUGUAGAGUGAAAAUGCACCUUUUUGUCCAUCAUCUGGAAGUCUUUUCUUUACAAGACAGAUGUAAAUGUGAUAUAAAGAUAGAAAUAGAGGUUGCAUUCGAAAUUUGCUUCAUUGUAGCAUAGGAGACAGUUCAUUGUAGCAACUCUAUCUGGAGCAAUGUAAACACAUUUUUUUGCCAUGCUGUAACAUCCAUAUAUUUGAUGAUCAUUAUGGCUUAGUGGAACUCAUAAUAAGUCUGUAUUCUAAAGCAAGCUGUUACUGCCUUUUUUGCUGCUUUUACAUUAUAGUUUGUCUUUCA